AUGGGAAGUCUCGCCAUAACAGACGAGGAAAAAAAACGACUCGAAGAACUUGUCGAAAGCUCGGACGAAGAGGAGGAUCAGCGAAGCACUGCUGCCAGUUUUUCCACAGUUGCAUCUUCCACGCCUUACACGAUCGAAAAGGAGGCUGAUGAGCUUCUGAAAAAUUUGACCGAGCAAAUCGCAAACAUUAACUCCGAAUCGUACCGGAAGUCCGAGGAAGAUCAGCGAGCUUACACGCGGGAUGAAAUUCUAGUUGUGAAGGAACAAGUUGUCCUCAACUCGUUACGAACUUUGGCGGAGUCUGGUACUCAGAUAAUACAUCCGAUAUCCGAAGGUGAAAUACGACGCUUGAUCGACGAGUUUUACGCCGAGCGAGAAUCCGGCAGUUCUCGAAAUUCCGUUUCUCGGUUUUCCACCGAAUUUUCCGAUUACGGGACCGACGAGCUUCCGGAAAAUCAUAUUUCUUCGGAAAACGUCAGCGAAACUCCGACAAUAUCGAGGGCGGUGAUUAGCGAGUUAGUCAAGGAAGCCAGAGCGACGAUGCCGCUCUUUCAGUUUAAACAUCCGAUCGACGACGUUGAUGAACCAAACAGCAAAGACGAGAAGAACGAGAAUGCGACUUAAAACUAUCGUGAAUUUGAACGAUUUAUGUUCAUUUGAAUUGAAGCAAGUUAUGUGACUGAUUUUACGACGGAACGUUUUCGCGUGUUGGUGUGUAAAUGAUGAUAAUUAUAGGAUUUCGCAAUGUUUAUUUAAACGAUUGAUUUUAAAAUUCAUUAUUCGUGAUAAAUUACGUUUAUACAACUUCGUUGUAGCUCGAAUUGGUUGUUUGUUUAUUAAAUAAUUGUUCCGUUA